AUGGUUUUCGGAACCAUAGUCAGAGCUUACACUGAGAUCAAGCGCUAUGACAACGAAGCACUAAAUACUGAUGUUGCCACCGUUGGAUCCGUCUCAAUUGGAGUCAGUAGCCAACAUGGAAAAUUAUAUAACAGUAUUGAAGAGGAACGUCUUAGAAUGAAUAUUUUUAAUCAUAAUCAGAAGAUGAUCGAAGAACAUAACGCAAAAUACGAAGCUGGGCUGGUAACUUAUUAUUUGGCGAUGAACCACUUUGGAGACAUGCUUCCAGAAGAAGUAAGUCAUUUAGAAUUCAACGAAACUGGAAAAAUGAAGAAAGAACCUAGCUUCACAUUCCUUCCUCCAGCGAAUGUCGAAAUCCCUCAAUCCAUUGACUGGAGGGAUUUAGGUGCAGUCACUCCUGUAAAAAACCAAGGAUCAUGUCUAUCUUGUUGGGCUUUCAGCACUACGGGAGCGAUGGAAGGUCAGCUUUUUAGGAAGUCUGGAGAACUCGUCUCCCUCAGCGAACAGCAGUUAGUAGAUUGUUCAAGAAAUUACAAAAAUCUAGGAUGUCGAGGUGGAUUAAUGGAUUACUCCUUCAACUACUUAAAGGACGUGGAAGGGUUGGAAAAAGAAGAUGCAUAUCCGUAUGAAGCAUUGGAUCGUAGAUGUAGGUACAACAAGGAUAAGGUAGUGCCAGGAACCAAAGUCAAAGCUUAUACUGACAUUAGGCCGAACGAUGACGAUGCGCUUAAGGCAGCCGUUGCCACUGUUGGACCAAUCUCAAUUGCUGUCAGCGCUGGAAACGAACACUUCAUGUACUACGGAGGAGGUGUCUUCAAUGGAGAUACCUGCCGGUCUCGUUUAGACCAUGGAAUCCUUCUGGUAGGAUACGGUUCUGAAGAUGGAGAAGAAUAUUGGAUCGCAAAGAACUCAUGGGGUCAAGUUUGGGGAGAGGAUGGAUACAUUAGGUUGACAAGAUCCGUUAGGAACGUCUGUGGUAUAUCGUCUAUGGCCAGCUAUCCAAUUCUUCAAUAA